CGCGCGCGCCGCCGCCCCACGCGCGCGCCCCGCGCGGCUUAAAUAGCGGCGGGGGAGGCCGCACUCGGUCUCAGUCGCUGCAGCCGCCGGCCUUUCGCUCCGCUCCGCUCGCUCUCGCUCUCUGCGCCCCGCCGCCUCCCAGGUCGCCAUGGAAGAGGAGAUCGCCGCACUGGUCAUCGACAAUGGCUCCGGCAUGUGCAAGGCCGGCUUCGCGGGGGACGACGCCCCCCGCGCCGUGUUCCCCUCCAUCGUCGGGCGCCCUCGGCACCAGGGAGUCAUGGUGGGCAUGGGGCAGAAGGACAGCUACGUGGGCGACGAGGCCCAGAGCAAGCGCGGCAUCCUGACCCUCAAGUACCCCAUCGAGCACGGCAUCGUCACCAACUGGGACGACAUGGAGAAGAUCUGGCACCACACCUUCUACAACGAGCUGCGCGUGGCCCCCGAGGAGCACCCGGUGCUGCUGACCGAGGCGCCCCUGAACCCCAAGGCCAACCGUGAGAAGAUGACCCAGAUCAUGUUCGAGACCUUCAACACCCCCGCCAUGUACGUGGCCAUCCAGGCCGUGCUGUCCCUGUACGCUUCCGGCCGCACCACGGGCAUCGUCAUGGACUCCGGGGACGGGGUCACACACACGGUGCCCAUCUACGAGGGCUACGCCCUCCCCCACGCCAUCCUGCGUCUGGACCUGGCGGGCCGGGACCUGACCGACUACCUCAUGAAGAUCCUCACCGAGCGCGGCUACAGCUUCACCACCACGGCCGAGCGGGAGAUCGUGCGCGACAUCAAGGAGAAGCUGUGCUACGUCGCCCUGGACUUCGAGCAGGAGAUGGCCACCGCCGCCUCCAGCUCCUCCCUGGAGAAGAGCUACGAGCUGCCCGACGGGCAGGUCAUCACCAUCGGCAACGAGCGGUUCCGCUGCCCCGAGGCCCUCUUCCAGCCCUCCUUCCUGGGCAUGGAGUCCUGCGGCAUCCACGAGACCACCUUCAACUCCAUCAUGAAGUGUGACGUGGACAUCCGGAAGGACCUCUACGCCAACACGGUGCUGUCUGGCGGGACCACCAUGUACCCCGGCAUCGCCGACAGGAUGCAGAAGGAGAUCACGGCCCUGGCCCCCAGCACGAUGAAGAUCAAGAUCAUCGCGCCGCCGGAGCGCAAGUACUCUGUGUGGAUCGGCGGCUCCAUCCUGGCCUCGCUGUCCACCUUCCAGCAGAUGUGGAUCAGCAAGCAGGAGUACGAUGAGUCGGGCCCCUCCAUCGUCCACCGCAAGUGCUUCUAAGCGGACUGCGGGCAGUGGUAGCGUCUGCUGCAUGAGUGGAGUCUCCGUUUGCCCUGCACAGGCACGCCUCAUGCCGGCCCGAAACUGGAACGCCUUCGAAAAGAAACGUCCUUGAAGCCUGUCUCUGAGCUCAGCACUGGACUGUAGGCCUGGUUGCUGACGUUGACCUGUAUUCGAGUUACCCGUUUAAUGCCCUGUACAUACCUUUCAUGUAGCCCCUGUCCACGCCGAGACAACAUGUUUCUGCAGGAGAAGCCCAGGGCGCUGGCCGGGGGAGCUGCCCCUCCCAGGGGCUCUGAGUGGGGCGCCCCCUGUACCCCACCAUUCCACCCUGCCUUCCGACGGGCGGGGCUGGGAGGGUCCGAGCUUGGGGCCCACUUUCCUUUCUUAGUUGAUGUUCCUGCCAGGACACCUGGGCUGUUACUUGCCUUGAGUUGGAAAACGGUUUGCAUUUCCACCUGUAAAUCUUAGUCCUUUUAAUUUAUGUAAGGUUUUUGUACGCGAUUCUUGAAGAAAUGACAAAUUUUGGUUUUCUACUGUCACGUGAGAACAUUAGGCCCCAGCAACACGUCAUUGUGAGGAAAUAAAAGUGCUGCAGUAAAA